AUGCCAGAGCUCUUCACCUGUCCUCCUUUCCGGGCGGAAGGCCCUGUGGAUACGGUGGUGGGCCUCCUCCAGGCACUUUGGGGUUGCAGGGCCAUGGUUGGCGACUUUCAGCGCGACCUGCAGGAAGAGCAGGAAGAGGACGCCAAGUUGGAGAAGAGCUACCAGGCCCUGGUGGCCGCCAAGACGGGCGAGGUGACCGCGGCGGAGGAUCAGGUGUCCACCAAGGCCUCCGUCAAAGCCUCCGCCAAAGCCAAAGUCGCAGCGGCCAAGUCGGAUGGGCCCCAGCCCGUGAAUGUUCCCUGCACAGUGCCACCGAAGGCGCGACCGGUGGGAGUUCCGGUGCCAGCUCCCCUGAUGGCAUUGCCUGUGCUCCCCGCACCGCACCCUUCAGCUGUGCCCCAAAAGGCCGGCACCGCAAACGCGGAAACAUCAGAGCUGCCAACGUGGACGAAGGCUUCCGCGCCUGCGCCUGGCGCCUCGCCGGUGAAGACGGAGGCGGAGUCGAAGGCCAUCGAGGCAGCGCCAGAGAAGGCCGAGAAAGUCCAGGAGAAGGAAGAGCUCUCUGAGGACAUGCAGCAGAAGCUCCAGGAGUGGUGGCAGCGCAUCCAGGCGAGAGCCAGGCCGGGGCCCGAGGAAAAGGCGCAGCGACGAACUCGGGAGCGAGCCCGGCUGAAGGCCGACCUGGCUCGCGACGAGCUCGACGAGAGCUCCCGGCGUCGAACUGCCUCCAAGCAGCUGCGCCAGGACGAGGCCUUCCUCCGUUGCAUGGCCGGCGGACGUCUUCUCGCUUUAGACCUCACUGCAAAUCUCCGGGACUGCCGAAUGCUGGCGAGCGUUGGGUCUUCUGAUGCCCUUAGAGAAGCCCUGGCUGAGCUGCUGCUGACAAUGCGCCGAGCUCGUGGCCUGUGUGUGCGGCUGCAUGAGGAUCAGCGUGAACUACAACAGGAUUUCGCGAGCAAGUGCGAGCGGGAGGAGGAAGUGAGCCGGCAGCGGCGACUUGGUCUCCUCCGACGCCUGGCGAAGCUGGAGGAAGCAGAAGAGGAGGAACCGGCUCGGGAGGAGCCCAAGAAGGCGCCCGAGCCUGACUGCCUUUCGCUGCUCACGGCUGGCGGCGUCCCUUUGCUGGCGGAGCUGGCACAUGAGGCUGGCGCCGAAGGUCUUGAUCUGGAUGCGGCCAGCGACCAAGUCGUGGCGCCGCCACUACGCGAUGCACAGGAGGUCGUUCGCCAGCUUCGCGAGCUCCUGCUGCAGGCUGGAUUGAACCAGCCGCCAGUGAAGCGGAGACGUCCGGAGGAACCGGCUCCCCCCUUAAGGACCAAAUGGUUCAUUUGGUCCUUAAGGCCUUCCAAGGAAGCUUCGGUAGGCAAUUGGGAAGAAGAAAAGGCGACGGCAGCAGAAAAGGUCACAACCGGCAAGGCCGACGUGGCCGGCGCCACCAAAGCCAAGGCCGAAGCAGAGAAGCUGCUGGAAACCGUCACGGAGAAGUGCGCCAGCUCAAAGGCAGAGUUCGAGCAGCGGACUGCCACGCGUACCGAGGAGCUCUCGGCCGUGAGCAAAGCUGUCAAGGCCUUGCAAGGGGAUGAGGCGAAGUCACUCCUCUCCACUGCAGCGUCGUUCCUGCAGCUCAAGGCUGUGGAUCAGCGCCAAGCGAGGGCGGCUGAGGUGCUUUCUGCCGCUGGCAAGCGACUCGGAAAUCAGGCGAUGAUCACUCUGGGUCUUCAGGCGAAGGGCGAUGGCAUCCUCAAGGUGCAGGAAGCCAUCGACGGAAUGGUUCGCAGCCUCACGCAGCAGCAGAAGGAUGAGGUGAAGGAGCAUGACGGAUGCCAGAAGGACUUUUCAGACAACAAGGCUUCCACUGACGAGAAGACAGAGCUGAAGGGAUCCACGAAAGGAAAGAUCAGUCAGCUGCAGUCCGACAUCACAACCACAGAGGAAGCAAUCACCAAGCUCAAGGAGGCUGCCAAAGAGAAUCGUGAGAAAGAGAUGGGCGAGUUUGCAGACACCGUGGCCGAGCAGCAGCACACGCAGAAGCUGCUGGGCGAGGUGCGACGGCACGAGGCGGAUCCCAAGCCAGAGGACUUCAAGGAGUACAAAAACAACGGUGGGGGUGAGAAGGUGAUGGCGCUGAUUCGCGAGGUGAGCGACAGCUCUGCCACCCUCGAGAAGGAGGCGAAGCAGGCCGACGAGGAUUCCCGUCUUGCCUUCGAGAAGCUGUCGGAUGAGACCAAGGCCGAGAUGCGCAGCGCGACAGAGGAGACAAACAACAAGGCCAUUCACAAGGCUGACUUGGAAGCUGACUUGGCGGAGGCCAAGCAGACGCUUCGUUUGACCAAGGAUGAGUUGGAGAGUCUCUCCGAUUCUAAAGACGCCAUCCACAAGUCCUGCGACUUUGUCGUUGAGAAUUUCGCAGUGCGACAGGAGGCACGUGGCCAGGAGAUUAAGGCCGGAUGGCGACAUGCGAACUGCGUGCAAAAAGGGGCGUUGAACGUGCGAGUUGACAUGUUUGGGGCGGAAUUGGAGGGGCGGAGCCCAGGCGUGUUUCGACUCGAAGGCGUAACCAUGAAGUCCCUGGCCAACUACGACGAGACGAAUCCGAAGGCAGUGAUCGACUCUCCUAGGUCACUACAGGCCUGCAGACAGGAGGGCGUACUUCCGCAAGAGCUGAUCUUCAAGCCUGUCGAAGCAUUCCAGGAAAGGAAUCUCUCACCGCGGCUCGUGAAACUCAGGUAUGACUUCUUCGAGGCCAAGCGCCGCGACCUUCUCGCGGCCGCAAGGAGGGCGAGAGAUUCCAUACUCGCAGAUGAACACCGGGACAAGGAGAACUCUAAGCACCAGCUGGAAUUGGCGGCGCAGGUUGUGAACUCCUUGGCAGAGGUCGACCUGACUGAAGCGGAGAGUCUUGAUGCCAAGCUCGACACCCUCGAGGCUUUGCCUAGCAAAGACUGCCCCAAGUGUGGCCGGAUGGUCUUCCGACACAUGGGCGAUGAGCACUGGGUGCUCGUCAUGAAGCUUAGCAAGAACGACUUCUGCUAUGGGUCCAAGAGGUGGAACGACGGGAAGUCAUUCAAUCCAGACAAGAUGAUCGAUACGACCAUGCCGAAUAUUCGCUCCUAUGAUGCCAAGCACAUUGCCUUUCACAAGUUGAAGCACGUGGAUGCCAUAAAGCUGCAGACCAACAGACUUGCAGGAUUUCGGGAGAUGCCGGUCAUUGAGUUUGCAGGCAAGGGCACACCAGAGACCCUCAUGACCAAGAACAGCGUCAAGCUGAAGAAGCAUCCAAAUUGGGCCGAUUGGUGGAAGUGGAGGAGGGCCUUUGGUAGUGAUCGGAACCGAGCGCCUGCGUUCUUUCGUGCAGGGCGGAUUGUCACCGACCCGAAGCCAGUUUGUCGGAACAAGGGCUGGCACAUCAGUGGUUGCGGCAAGCCUUGCAUGUUCUGUAUGAUGGCUGGUGAUGGUUGGGGAUGUCCCACCAGUGCUCGUUUCAACGACAUCAGCUCCGGACUCGGUUUGAACGCUGCUUAUUGCGGCGGCGGAGGGAAGGAUGACUGCAGUGCCUCGGGUCAUUGGUCUGGAGACAAUCGGGUUCUUGUUUGGGCCCGCUUCUCCGCGUAUCAGAUGACCACCACGACCACGACCACAGCCGCAUGCAAGAGCGGCGAUUGCUGUGGCAGCUUCGGAGGUCAGGGGCCCUGGAGAUGCGAUGGGCUUGAUCCGAAGAAAUGCAACGACACUUUCGUCGAGGUUGUGCCUACGGAGCAUGUGCAGUGCGGCACCGUGAAUGGUAUUUGCAUGGCUGCGGGGAGUAGCUGUCAGAACCGGGCAGAAACCACAGUUACGGAGACCGUAUACUCACACUUCGACAUGGCGGACGUCAGCGUCAGCGGUGGCCAUGCCGGGCUGUGGGGCAACCCUCCCGAAAACGUCCGAUCCGGCAAUCCGAGAGAGAAGACAUGGGCUGUUUGGGUGGAGAUCCCUGAAAUGCCAGCCGGGGGUAGCAUCACGAUGACCUAUCAGUAUACAGUGGGCUAUGGUUGCACAGGCAGACAAGGAGGCCCAACUUUUGAUGUCUACGUCGGUCGCACGAAGAUCACUGACACUACGCAAGGCCCUUUUCUCGAUUAUCCUGCUGACUACUGCGGUGGCACAGGUUGCUCGACAUGCUACUCGCCUCUGCAGACCUUGGUUAUGCAAGUAGCUCCUGGCACUCAGGGCGAUUUCACCACGGAGAUCGAGAACAACCUACGGAACUUCCACCUUAAGAUCGAAGAGAUCAGACUUACGACACCGAUCCUCUGA